CCCUAACCUGAACAAAAUGCGUCGCCUGGCCCUCUGCGCGCCCAUUCUCCCGUCCGCACACGACUCGCCGUUGCCUACCGUUCUCUGUCGUCACUCCCCAUGGAUAACGACCAGGAGCGUAUUGUCUUUAUCAACGAUCCUAUCUCCGACGACACGUCGUCUGUCGUCAUUGACCGCCUUCAUUUCCUCGAUUCCAAAGACCCCUUCAAGCCCAUCCACCUCUACAUUAACUCCGAUGGGGGUUCCGUCAACGCCGGCCUCGCGAUCUAUGACGCCAUGCAGGACAUCCGCUCCCGGAUCUCCACCCUCUGCAUGGGUCAGGCCUGCUCCAUUGGCUCGCUACUCCUUGCGGCUGGCGCUCCUGGCGAGCGCCGCGCCUUACCCUAUUCCGAGAUCAUGAUCCACCAGCCAUAUUGCGAGAUCUCCGGCCAGGUCGGUGUCAUGACCAUCUGUGUCAAAGAGAUUCUCAAAGUCUAUGACCGCCUCAACAAGAUCUACAGCCGCCACACGGGGCAGCCUAUCCAGCGAAUCGAGCAGUGCAUGGAGUGUAACAUGGACAUGUCCCCUGUUGAGGCCAAGGAAUUUGGGCUGGUCGACGAGGUAAUUGUCCUGCCUUAGGCACUCGGUGCUGAUCAAGAUUAUGUUGGAAGGGUGGCCAAGGAACCAAAAUGAAGGUCAAGCAUAUAAAACCUUUUUUUUUUUCUUCAUAUAAUCACAUUAUUCUGAUUGCAUAGACAUGUCAAAAUUGGCAUUUUAGUUGCAUUGUUACAUAAUUAGUAAGUUGAAUUCUUUUGAAAAUAUACUAGAUUCACAAAUUUCAAAGUUUUUAUGUGAGUAUUGAUUCUUCAUUAUUUUCUGAUAUGGUAUUGCUAAUUUAUAAAGGUUAGCUUGAACAAAACACAAUCUAUAGUGUUAGUUCCAUAACAAAAUAUCUUCAGUAUUCAGAAUUGCUCAUACUUUUUUUUUUAAAUCAUAGACAUAUUCUUUAUACCCCUUUCUAUUGGAUUUUAUAUGAUCUAAUCUUCCCUUAGAUUCUUGCCAUUUUAGUUCUAGCUAGAAAAAUACGAAGCAUAACAGUAUAGUAACGUUUGCUGACUAAGGUCAAGCUUCUUGUCCCUUCCAUAAACCGAUCAACUUUUAAGCAUAGAAAAUGGGUAGAAAGUCACAAGGAUGGCCUUUCCACUGCAUCUCAUCUGAACCCUAUCAAAAGAGGCUAAGUUUGCUCUGUAACAAACCUUGAUGCAUGGCGAAGAAAAUUAAAAUAAAACAGAUUGCAACUUAGAGAAAAACUCAAAGUUGGGGUUUGUUUGGCAUAAUCCUCCUUUUAAAAUAGACCCUUUUACCAAAGAUUUUCAAAUUCAAAUUCUUACUAAUAGAGUUGUGAAACAAUUGCUUUAAUUCUUGUCUGACUUGUGCCUGCCUUUCCUUCUGAAUCGUAAAUUGCAUUUUCCCAAGGAAAUGUAAUAGUCCUAAAAACUAAAUUGUUGCUAUAAUUUGACUGCUAAACACAUGAAAUCUUUCAUGAUCAUCCCUUUGGCCUCUUAUACCUUGAAUAUUGGUAAGAUCCUUUUGAAUUUGGUGUUUGAAUAUUUGUUCAUUCACAAUUAAGACUCCUCUAUCUUCUAUUUGUUUUGAAUAGCUAUUUUUUGCUUUAUUCUUUAUUUCAUUUUAGUUUUCUUUCUCUCACGUAUGUUUUAUUCCACUCCACCGUUAAGUUCCCAUAGGUUUUGUUGACCCUAUAGAAUCUAAUCUUUUUGUUUUGAGCAAUCUGAUCCAUUUUCGUAUCCAGCAAAGGGCAUGAAUUUGAUUAUCUUUUUCUUCAUGUUUUCCUUUGGAAAUUUAUUAAUCAAUCCUUACAGGCCAAGAGUUAAAUAAUUGAUCCAUCUUCCCUUCAUCUUAUAUUGAUCAUAUGACCAAAAGACUAAGAUUUUUGACUGCCUAUUUUUCCUUCAUUUUAUUUGAAUUAAAUUGGCUUUACCAAAUUGCAUCUCUUUUUACUGUUUCUAUGACUUGACAUCUUUGUGUGCACGAUGCAUCUACUUCGUUAAUGGUAAACUUGAUUUUAACAGAAUUUUAGAUACUAUUUGCUAUUCUUACAUCACUAGUUGAUAUCACAAACAUGUAUAUAUUAUUAUUUUAGUUCUAUCUUUGCAUUCUAAAGAUUUUAUUGAUUACUUCACUCAUUAUCCCUGUGUCUACUUUCUCUAUUUACAUUCUAAAUAUUUUUGGAUUGUCAUGCAUGAAUAUAUACGUAUGCAUAGAGUGAUUGGAGUGGAUAAUAUUUCUUUAAAACAACAAUUAAGGUGUCCUUGGUUUAGGGAUUUGGAAACGAGAGAAUGAAAUAAUAAAAAUAUGAAGUAUUUGGUUAAUAAGUUUGAGAAUAAUAAUUUUGAAAUCAUUCCUAAAUAAUCUGAAAUGAACAAAACUGAGCGGGUUUAGGGUUUAUAAUUCAUCACCAUCUCCAAACCUUUUUUCUCUCUCUCUUGUGUUUUACGCCACCGUUGAUGAAGAUGGCCUUUUUCUUUCCGCCGCCCACGACGAAAUCAACCACCCUUGGGAUGGAACCGCCGCCAGAGUUUUUCUUGCUGCCGCAUGCUCCUAGCCAAUAGCUUCUGCUGCCGACCAAGACAAGAGGAGCUGAUCUCCUCUUCAGCUGCUGGCCACCCAAGGAGCCCCGGCGAUGGUUGGUCGGACAACCAUGCUGCUGCUGCCGGAGCAAGACCCAGCCAAAGAGUUGGCUGGAUCACAAAGGAGUUGUUGCCGCCUCCUUUAGCCGUUGCAGACCAUCACCAGAGGCACCCUGCUGCCUCCGGCUGAUCAGGCACUUACCGCCGGACUUCCUGUCAACCUUCCAAGUUUUGGACAGCAGCACAACCCCUGCUGUGUUUUUCUCCAGCCUCUGGAAAGGAGGAAGUGAGUAAAGAAACAAAGAAUUGAAUCAGGAACUGAAACCAUGCAAUAACAUUCUUUGUGCUUAGUGAAGCACAACACCUUUCUUAUCACAUAAUUAAGAUUAUUUGCUUUGAUUA